UAGUACGAAUACACUGCUCAACCCUGUUGCAAUAAUGAAUGCAUCCAUAUUUAUAUAAGAGGAGUGCCCAACGAAAAUUAGUAAAAAAACACCUGAUCGACAACGUAGGAAGACGAAAAGGUCCAGAAUGGCAUCAACGAGUAAAGGAAGAGGAGCACAGAUAGCAUGUCCAGAGCAUCCAGACACACCUCUUGUAGAAGAUUAUCAUGCAGGUGACUUGAUAUGCCCAGAGUGUGGGCUUGUUGUAGGGGACAGAGUAGUAGACGUUGGAACAGAAUGGAGAACAUUCAGUAAUGAGAAAAGUAACAAAGAUCCUUCAAGAGUUGGUGCUGCAGAGAAUCCAUUGUUAGAAGGUGGAGAUUUAUCAACAAUGAUUGCAUUGGAUCCAAAAGAUACACAAAUGGAUGAAUUUGGUAAACCUAUGUACAGAAACAGACGUACAAUGAACAGUGCAGACAGAGCAUUACUUAACGCAUUCCGAGAAAUCACACAGAUGGGUGACAGAUUGAAUCUACCUAAAAUGGUGGCAGAUAGAGCAAGCACACUAUUUAAACAAGUAAAUGACACAAAGUCUUUGAAGGGACGAAGUAAUGAUGCAGUUUGUUCAGCAUGUAUGUACAUAGCCUGUAGACAGGAAGGGGUACCUAGAACAUUUAAAGAAAUUUGUGCUGUAUCAAAAGUGUCCAAGAAGGAAAUUGGUAGAGUUUUCAAAUUGAUUUUGAAGACACUUGAAACGAAUGUAGAGCUUAUCACAACAGGAGAUUUUAUGUCAAGAUUCUGUUCAAAUUUGAGCUUAUCAUCAAAGAUACAGAAAGCUGCAACACACAUUGCACGGAAAGCUGUGGACAUGUAUUUGGUACCAGGGAGAAGUCCAGUAUCUGUAGCUGCAGCAGCUAUAUAUAUGGCCUCACAAGCUUCAGAAGAUAAGAAAACGCAAAAAGAAAUAGGAGAUAUUGCAGGCGUUGCAGAGGUCACUAUAAGGCAGGCGUACAAAUUGAUGUAUCCGAAAGCGCAUGAACUAUUUCCUGAGGACUUCAAGUUUGCAACACCUAUAGAACAGCUUCCGACACAGUGAACACAGUGCUGGACUUUACUUUAUAAAUUUUUAAUUCAUUCCUUAGGAGGACAGAAUUAUAAGGGUGAUUGUUAGAUAUAAAUAUAAUUCCACUGCAGUGGAAUUCCACUUGCACACAGACGCCAGCUCACUCAAGCAAUUGAUGAGGUUUUCUGCCUAUUAAGGCUAUUUUGUAGCGGGUUUAUUCUUUUGGAAUGAUUAAUUUUCACAGUAUUAUUUCUGUCUGGUGUUUGAACAGCUGGUUGGUCGAAUGGAAAAUAAAUUGGUUGUUGCUUAUUUUUUCGAGGGUAUACAGUAGUAUUAAAUUUUCACAGAUUUUCUAACUUGCUUUAUACGGUUUAUCUAAUAUAAAAUCAUUGCCCAGAAGCAGUAUGGCAUACAGAGAGAGAUAUUUAUAUAUAAUAUAUAUAUAUAGUAUUUUCUGGGAAAAGUGUAAUUUUUUAAAAAAAAAUUUACAAAUGUAAAUGGUCCAAGGAUAUUAAACUGAAAUGCCGAAUUAUAAAUAACUUUCAAGCACAUCAUUUUUUGUUAAAGCAAAAGUGUGGGGUUAUAUUGUGGGGGUUGUUUAAAAAAAUUGUAUAUUUCCUAGUGGUAGGAAUGGGGUCAUUUUGAACUAUAUCGUUUUUUUGUUUUUAAUUGACUAAAAUAACACAAUUACACUGGGGAAUAAUAGGGAAUUGACAAACACAAAACAACUGUUAUGUUUAUCUCAUUCAUUAUUACAUUACAAAGAAGACCUUUAUGACAAAGAGGACAUUUUUAUGGGAAACAAAAAUAGAUAUGUAUAUCAUUAUGGAGAGUAAACAUUAUAUAAAAGAUUCCUAUGAAUAAAUUGAAUGAAGGAUCA